AACUGGUUUCCUUUUUAAAGCGCAGAGGAACAUGAAUUGCAGCGAGCUGUUGAGACCCUGCAGCUUUCUAUUCACAGCUCAAGCUCAGCCUUUUACAUAUGUGAUGACCACAGAGGCACACAUGUCAGUUUCAGCAUCUUGUAUUACGUACGACUCUCAAUAACCAGACAAAGUCUAAGACCAGUGCAGGCAAUACUUCAUGUUAGGGUUGGACUCUAGGUUGAUCCAGUUCAAACUGUGGCUGUACACCUGAUGUUUGAUGAUCUGACAUCUUCUUGUGGCUACAUUAAACAUCGACAUGAGAAGUUUUUGAAGGUGAAAGUGUCUGAAUAUGAAAGCAGAAGUUCCUGCAGCAGCACUUCCUUUCUAGGACAGUCCACACCAGCUCAUACCUCUGAGAGAGUUUGAGGUUUAGGUAGCCAGACAGCAGUGUAUAGAGGUGUGUCUGUCCUCCUUCAGUCAGUACAGGAAAGCGUUUACUGCCAGCAGCAGUUGCUUCUUGACCAGCAUGGCAAAAUGGAAACUGUGCUUUGUUCUCCUUCUACCACUGACUGUGUGUUACGACAGUGAAGUGACUCUUGUGAAAACCAUCAGCAGAGAACCAGAUGUGACUCCAAUAUGCACCAAUGCAACACUUAGUCCCAUCAUACUUAUAGUGUGUAAGAUCAAAACAGUGAUGGGCAGUGGAGAAGAGUGUGUUCUGUCUUAUGGACAUGAAGAAGGCUUUGAGCAUGGAUGUGACUCCAGGUUCACACUUGAGAAAAAGAAUCAGACUGUGUUUCUCCAUCUGACUGGUUUAACACCAGUGGAUAGUGGGGACUACACCUGUGAGUGUACACAUCAUGGUGGAAUAUAUAUUGUCCAUCUGAAUAUCACUGUGGAAGAGGAUGAAGACUCCAGCAGCAUUCCAAAAAAGCAGGUUAUAGAAGCCUUGACUGGUGCUGCUAUAAUCAUUCUUCUAACUGCAGUUAUCUUUGGGUUGCUCUACAGAGGAAUACGUCAGGGAAGCCAGCCAGAGCCACCAAGCAGUCAUCACAACACGGAGCCAGAAGACAUUGAGCCGUACAGCACCUUCGUACAGAGAGAGGGUGGACUUUAUUCAGUGGUCAGACUGCAUGUGUGUGACACUGACACUAUUAAUUCAAACAUGGUUACCACACAGGACACACAUGCAGGGAAUUUUUUACAGAGCUCCAAUUACACCGUCUGUGCCAAGUGAAAUGGAACCUGUUGUCCACAAGAUGGCAGUGUUUUGCUUUCUGUUGACUUGUGUAUUUCACUUCCUGGUAUUUCUUGUAUGUGACUUGAAUGUCUAAAUUUGAGCGUCUUAAAGCACACAUUAUAUUAUACUGUAAUA